AAACAAGAUGUUGCUGUUCAUUGUUGUGCAGCUCUCCCUGCUAGUGACCUGUCAGUCAUUUAAAGUGUCCGAUUUGACUGAACUUUAUGUGGAAGAUAUUAAUGUCACUAGAGUGGACGAUUAUGCAUACUUUUACAAUCUGCAUACAUAUGCAGAAAACACAUCUGUAAAUCCUGCUUAUGUGAAUACAUCUUCCUUUUUCACUGGUACACCCAAUGUUGCCGGUUUAGUGGUGGAUUUUACUGAAUGGAAAGUGAAUUCCACUGGAGCCACUGUAAACACACUUCCUCUGCUCAAAGUCAUACAGAGAUGGGAGCUAAAUAGUGCAACAACAUCUCCAGAUACUGUCCUGGUGUCCAUGGUGAUCAUCAACAUAGGCACCAUCACUGCCACCGAUGUAAUGGUGGAGUUUGAUCUCAGUAAUGGAAUGUUUUCUUCAUACUCUACAAUGGCUGUAAACACAUCAGUAAAUACUGAGAUUGUGCCUAUUUCUGGUCAACUGGAGUUCAAGUGGAGUCCUGGUAACCUUUCAGCGGGGGAGGAGAGGUACCUGAGCUUUAUUGCGACCCCCUCAGGAACAAAUGGAGGAAACCUGCAGGCCGGAGACAACAUUUACACGGGCCAGCUGUAUUUCUCCUACCCAAACAUUUUGACAUCAAGUGUUGGACCAAUCAGCCUUAGUAUGUGUGUCCAUGGCAUCCGAGAUGUUGAAAAAAAUAUAUUGUAUCAGCAUGGUUUUACUGCCUUGAUGUUUUUUGUGGCUUUUUUCCUCGGCAUUGCUUUGGUGAUUGGAGCUGUUUGUUUGUUUCUGGUGAUCAAACGAAAGCGAUCUGUGAAAAACCAAAGCUUUACUCAGACAAACUUAAGAUUGUCAACUCGAGGUAAAACUAUACUGAUGGAUGACAGGGAUGCAGACAAGACGGGCCACACCAUUACUGACUUUAGCAACAUCAAAGAGGAGGAUUCCAUUGUUGAGGUCCUGGUUGUCAAAGACAAACUGAAACGCUUCAGAGAACUAGACAACUUGGACAUUGUGUGUACUGUGAAGGCAGAUACGGACAUUGAGACACAGAGGACAGAUGCUUCAUUGAAGGCUACUGCCAUGUUGAUUAGAGGACUUAUCCACAACAGGGACAUCGGCCCGCAAGUGUAUGAAGCCGCCGACAAAAAUGCCAAGCAGCGCAGGCUACUGCUGGACGCUAACCUUGAUGACGAAUUUCAGCGACAGAAUAAAAAACUCAGAAAGAAGCUGGCAGCUAAAAAUAAGGCCAAAUUGUCCAGAACUCUGCAAAAACAGAGGGAGGAAAAGAAGAAACUUGUCAGUGAUAUCGCAGAUCUGGGAGACAAUGAGAGACAGCAGCUACUGGACAUGAUGGACAAGGAACACCAGACAGAACUUGAUGAGCAGGAGUUCCUCCUUAAACUGGAACAAGACGAGGAGACAGAAAAUCUCAGGAAGGAGUUUGCUGUGAGGAGGAGGAUGGGGAUGAAGGAGAUAGAACAGGAUCUUUUGGAGGAUGUCAUGCAGCAGGGCCACCUGGUGGGGGAGAAAGCUGAUUGGCUGCUAGAGGAACAUCGUAAGAUUCAGAGCGGGCUGGAGAAGAAAUACGAUGAGGAAGUGGCAAGACAGAGAUUCAUCCUGGAGGAGAAGUUAGAGAAACGAAAAGCCAUGGCUAAAUUGGAGGAACAACAAGAAGACGAUGAAAGUGAUGUGUUGAACACAAUGGCUAGUCAUCAGAUAGAACUUGUCAACAAAGCUAAGUCCAAAAAGGUAGGGGGCCUGACAUCUGAUGAGGCAGCAGAGUUGAUUGCCUUAGCCAAGGCAGACAUGGUGGCCUUAAAGGAAAGACUGGACAAAGACAGACAGAAACAGGAGAUGGCACUGUCUAAACGACUCAGUGAAAUGAAGCGGAAAAGACUUAACCAGCUGAAAUCUGAACAAAAAGGGGAAAUGGAUAGAGUUUUGAAGACCAUGGAGACACAAACAGAAGGACCGAUAGAUCCACUCAUGUACAUUGAGACAAAGCUCAAACUGGAAGCCAAGCAUCGAGAUGAGAUAAAUGAAGAGGAGACCGAGAUAGAUGAAAAUCAUGCCGAGCAGCUGCGCGAGCUCAAUGACCAGCUGACAGAUCAUGCCAAGGAUGAGAUGACUCAAGCUGAAAGGAAUUUGAUUAAAAAGAUUGGUGAAAUAAAUAAUGUGUCUAUGGACCAGUAUGAUAAACUGCUGAGUCAGCAUGAAGAGGAGGUGACCCGUCUACAGGCCCAACAAAAAAGGUCUCAGGAGAAACAGAAAGCCAACCUUCAGGAGAAGCUUGCCAGGGCUAAGGAGGAGUGGAGGCAGAGAAAGGAACAGGAAAAAGUGGAACAGGAGGAAAUCAGAAAACGGGAGGACGAGGUCGUCAAGAAGUUGUUAAGUGGUCAGAUGUCCAUGUCUGAGGAAGAGAGAGACAGAAUCAUGAAAGAACAUGAGAAACAGAUGGUCAAGGUUGAGAACAGUUUAACACUGAACAAGCUGAGGCAGAAGAGAAUCCUGGAGGACAAACUGGCAGCUAAGCGAGCUCUACAGAUGGAGAAACUGGAGAAGAAACAGUCACAGGAGUACGAGAAAAAGAUGAGACAAAUAGAGCAUAAUGGGGAGGAGUCUGAUCCUGAGAAUCAGCGAGAAAAGCUGGAGCUGAUGAGGAACCAGUUUCAUCAGAAAAUGGCCGUUCUCCAGGGUCAGAAACUCAACAUUGAUGAUGAGCUGGAAAUGGUGAAAAUUGAAAUGUUGAAAGAAAGAGCACUAGCCCUGAAAGACCAAGAGGAGCAGCUAGGGGCCAUGGUGGCAGCACUGCAGGUAGCCAAAGCAAGGGAGAUGGCACUUAUUGAUGAACAGCAGGCAGCCAUCAAUAAUCUGAAAUCAAAUCUGAUGGAUGAACUUAAUGAAAGAGGAAUAUUGUCUGAUCCAGAGUGUCAGAAGGUCCUAGAAAGACACAGACAAGAACAAGAACAACUGCACAAGAAACUUGACAGUCAAAGAAGUCGACAAGAAAAGGAAUUACGGAAGAGACUGAAAGAGAGGAUUGAACAGAAAGAAGAGAUAAUGAUGCGAGCUCACAAGAGAGAGAUUGAUGAGCUGUUGUCUACAGCAAAGAACAAAACAGCCCUGAAAAUCAAGAGGGCAUUACUAGCCCAUAAACAUACCAUGGAGAUGGAAAAAUUCAGGAAUAAUUUGGACAGACAGAUUGCCCAGACCUUAGAGGAAGUGCGACGACAGUUUGAAAUCAGGAAAGCCAAGGAAACUCAACAAGAGGAGCUAAAAUUCAUCGCUGGUUUGGUACGCGUGGGUUCCUUUGACCAGACAGAGUUGGUAGACGUCCUCCAUCUUUUGUAUCCACAAAAAACAGAUGCAGAAAUUAGUGCUGUCAUGAAGGAAAUCUAUGAUCCAAACUUUAAACCUCAAGCUCAAGAAGUGCCUCCUUUAUCCCGUCGAGACAGCACUCUGACUGAACGAGUCCGGAGCACUCAGAGUCUGGAGUUAUCCAGGCGAGCCUCACUCUCAUCCAGAUCUCAAAAGAAGCGCUCCUCCAAGAAAUCUCGCCGUACGAGUGACCAGAAUGUUGACUCCAUCUCAAGACCCCUCCCUGAAAUCCCCAAAAGACGUACCUUACGAAAACUGAAUGAGAAUAAUGAAUCUGAUGAUGAUGAAUACUUGUAUUUAGAUAAAAGACCCGAGCCAAUUGGAGAAGUCAUGGAAGCGCGGAGAGUGGAUGACUUCGAGACUCUGCCAACCUCUGGUCUACCCUCCAAAUUACCUCCCCUAGAAACCAAAGUACAGAAAAAGGGGGGCAGAAAGAAAAAGAAAAAGGUUCUACAAAAACUUGCACACGUAGAAAGUGAUGAAGAGCUGUAAUGACAAAAAAAUAUCAUUAAUGAAAAAUAAUUCUUAUUAUUCUUCAGGAGGAGCUAACAGCAAGGUUUCUUUUGAUACUAGUACACUCAAUGAUUCUGUUUCAUCUGGUCAACAAAUUCCAGUACAUUUUGUGUCAUAUAUUUUACAUUAUUGUUUAAUUUGAUUUUGAUUUAGAUUUGAUUAAUUUUUUAUUUUUAAUUAUUCAUUCAUAUAUGGAGGAAAAUCAAACAUUUAUCCUACUAGUAACAUGACUUUGUCAUUUGUGUUGUUUUUCCCAAUCAUCUACCUCAUGGUACUUCCAUUACUACAUAUCAUCAAGGAUAACAAUAAACAAACACUUGGACUUAUUUCACCCAUGAUUGUAGUAUGGUUUUAGAGCCAAAAAAAUCCUCUUUGUUUUAAUAUCUCUCUCAGAUAGUGAAGUAAUGUAAAAUUUACCGUAGAUAUUGAGAAAAUUUUAGAAAUAAUGCAAAAUAUGGCUGUGGUAAUUGGAUUAAAGAUUUUAUUUUUUUCAUUUUUUUUAACAAUAGCAAAAUAGCAAAGAACGAAAUGCUAUAUGAUUAUGCAUGUGUAAUCAAAAUUUACAAUAUUAUUAAAAAAAACAUUCAAUUUAACCAGUUUUGAGGAAAUGAAUGAAGAGCAUACAAAUGUAAACAUGAAAGAAAGCAGUUUUACAUAGAUAAUUUAGCAUAUAUUACGUACUGGUGUUAAAUUUCAAUGCACAAUACUUAGGAUUGGCCUCUACGCACUUUGUAAUUAAUUUUAAUUCGCACCUCCUCCUUCUCUCAAGGGUAAAUCAGUAGCAUAAGAGUCUUGCUCAUUAUUUGAUUCAA